AUGCCACAUGUGGCACGCCUUUUGGUACUAGUACUCUUUGUGGUUUCUUUAGAUCCCUGGGCAUCAAAGUCGACAGCAUCAAGCUAUCAUGAGUAUCCUAGGAGAUUAGCACAUCACAUACGAAUGCCAUCCUUGAAUAGCAGUUCCAAGGUCACACGCACAGGUUCUGACAGAGCAGAGGCUUCGAUCAAAGGAGUGGAAGAAAUACCACACUAUUGUGCAUAUCAAUCAGGUGAAGCAGCAUAUGCUGGUACUAUAGCGACUAUGGAUGUCUAUGCUUUUCCAAAUUUGAAGAAGGGUCAAUCAAUUUCAGCCCAUAUCUCGGUGGCUGACAGCCAAACAUCGAACCAACUUGUAUCCGGAUGGGAGAUUGAUCCAGAUCUAUAUGGUGAUAGCAAAACACAUUUCUUCGUAUACUGGACGACUGAUAGGAAGAAUGGAUGUUCUAACUUGGAUUGUGACGGCUUUGUACCUGUAAACUUGGCUACUAUUACUCCCGGAGAUACUUUGGAGCCAUCUCGUGGACACAUGAAUAUUACAUUGAAGAUAUUUAAGAGUAAAGAAGAUGGAGAUUGGUGGCUACACUUUGGACAUGAUAUCAAUAAUCUUAGCCCAGUAGGGUAUUGGCCAAAAAGUCUUCUCAAUGGCAUGCAAGACCAUGCCGACGAUAUAGAAUGGGUAGGAAGUACUUUUUCCUUCUCCGGGGAGAUUAGUCCACUGAUGGGCAACGGGCACUGGCCAAGAAGCAAUUCAGCAGCAUCUUUUCGGAAUGUUCAGUAUAUUGAUAGGAAUGGUAAAGGUUAUGAUCCUCCUAUGGGUAGUCUUCAUGCUUUUGAGAGCCACAAACAAUGCUAUCGGACUGGUGUAUUUCAGCUUCAGGUCCAAGGCAACAUGUUCUACUAUGGGGGCCCAGGUGGUUGCACUGGUUAA